UCAAGAGACAAGCAAGCUCAAUGUCAUAGCAGUCACAGUCCUGCUGCAUAUGCCCACACACUGUCCAGAGCAACAUCCACACCCACUGAUGAUGGGCUGCAACUAAAUAACUGUGGCUGGAGGAGUUGCAACAACAUUAAGUGGAGGGCUGCCUGCUGCUGCAGUUCUUGAGUUGUUUUCCCACCACCGAAACAGGAAAUUCUUAUCAUGUUUUAAGAGACACCAAGGGAUACAGGACAUCUAUUUGGAGCCAACACGUCAAGGACCAAGAGACCACAGAUCCCAGAGGAUGAAAUUAAGCUGAAGAAGGAUAAAGAUCAAAACAGUGCCAAUUUUUCCAAUCCUAUAGAUAUUAUCCUAACCAACAGUGAGGCUAUGGAGGUAGAGGUCCAUUCUGCAGACCCUAAAGGAGUUGUGUUAGUUACUCCAGAUGCAGUAGACAAUCAAAACGUACUACUCUCUACAUCAACAAACCAGAAUGGACUUAAGGACAGACAUGAAUCAUUUGACAGUGAUGUUGCAAAAGAGAUAAGGUAUCUAGAUGAAGUCCUGGAAGCGAACUGUUGUGAUGGUACAACAGAUAACCCUUUUAAUGGAUCUCUUUCCCCUGCUGAAUCCGCAGCCUUUCCUACUACUAUAAUUGUUGAUGGCUCAGGUCCUUAUGUCAGUGUUACAAAUGAUGGUCCCACUCCUGAAAUGGAUAUAAUAACAGUGGACCGUAAGCCCCUGCCAGUUGUAGAAUUAAGUGGAUAUACAGAGAGUAUGGAACCAAUUAAAAUCAAUGGUUAUUCUAAAGAGGAAUUGAAAAAUGAUCACCCUGAUGUACUUACAUACCCAGCAAGCCCAGAUUCUUCAAACAGUUCACGAAGGUCAUCUAAGGAUGGCGAUAAUCUACCAAAGGUUAUUAAAAAGGAAGCAAAGUUUGAGCUUCGAGCAUUCCAUGAGGAAAAAAAGCCAUCCAAAUUAUUUGAAGAUCUGAAUGAGAAGGAACAUUUCAGGGUUAAGAAAGUGAGGCCCUCAGAAGAAGUCAUAGAACUAGAAAAGGAAAGACUUGAACUGAUCAAAAGUCAAGCUGUGAAAAAGAACCCCAGCAUUGCAACCAAGUGGUGGAACCCACCGCAAGAAAAAACUAUAGAAGAACAGCUAGAUUCUGAGAAUCUGGAAUCACAUCUGAGAUAUAAAGAGAGAAAACAAAAACAGCAGCCAGGAACAUCUGCACCAACUUUUAAAAGUAAUCCUCCAACAUUUGUACCUACAGAGGCAAUUUCUAUAAAUAAGGAAGACAUUGUUACUGAGCAAAUAGACUUUUCAGCUGCACGGAAACAGUUUUUGAGUAUGGAAAACACAAACCAGACAAAUAUCAAAGGACCACCAAAGAGAACAGUUGCAACCAAUCUGUUUUCAGUAAAGCCAUUCUAUAAAGUUAACCAAACCAGUAGACCUCAAUCAUCUGUCAUAGUGAGUAGUCCAUCAAGUGCAGGUGUUGAAAUGGUCAGACCCCAUGACAUUUCACUGGUGAAUGUUGAAAAGGACUGCACUUCUGAGGAGCAGUCAUCAGCAGAGCAGUCUAGGAAAAUAUCAGCAGAAGACCCUGACUUCGAAAGUGCCACCGCAACAUUUACAGUAGGGAAAGAUGAUGACAUCGAUAUUUCAGACCACUUUGUAAAAUCAGUGACUGUGUCUUCUCUACCAGAGGAGCUGGACUCAGGUUUAGAUGACCUGUCUGUUAAAUCUCAGGACACUACAGUCAUGGAAACACUUUCAAAUGAUUUUAGUAUGGACAAUAUCAGUGACAGCGGAGCAUCAAAUGAAACGAUUAAUACCCUACAUGACUAUUCACUGGGAGAAUUUUCACAACCCCAAACACCCCUUAAGGACACUCCUUCUGAGUACUCAGUGGAGGGGGUCUCCAAAUCAUUUAGUGAUCAAGGUUUUUAUUCUCCAUCCUCCAUGCUGAAUGACUCUGUUCUUUCAGAAGAUCAGUUAGAAUACCAAGCUGGUAUAUUUGUACAUAAUGUAAUUCAGCAAGCUCUUGCUGAAAAAGCUGGAUUGGCAAACUAUGGAAACCAAGAACAUUUAACAGAGAAGACUGAAGAAACCAAAGAGAAGCCGGAAGAACAAAAAGUGAUAGUAAGUGAUACGACAAGACCACUAAGCUCAGAGAGAAAGGAUGACACUUUCUUUGAGCCACCUCAGGUUUCCUCACCAGUGCAAGAGACCAGAGGAGUUACAGUGACACCAAAGAUUCCAGAGCAACCUGAAACCUGUCAAGCUAAAACUCUUGCACCUUUAUCUAUUCCAUCUGUAUUGGAUGAAGAUCCUAUCGAAGAAAAUAAGCAUGAAAGUUACUUCAGCAAGUACUCCCAAGCUGCUGAACUACGAAGCACUGCUUCCAUCUUGGCAACACAAGAAUCUGAGAUAACUGUUGGACCUUUUAAACUGAGAUCGAAGAAACAGAGAACACUAUCAAUGAUAGAAGAGGAGAUAAGAGCUGCAGAAGAAAGGGAACAGGAACUAAAAAAACAGAGACAGAGGCAAAGCUUACAAGGUCCACCAAGUCCGUCAAGCAGAAGUGUUCCUGUAGCAUCAACAAGAACGGCAUUCUAUAAAACAGCACCAGGUAAAAUAGAGAAAGUAAAAUCUCCAUCUUCACCAAAAGCUGAAAGUUUCCCUGAACAAAGUGAUUUCCAAUUAGAAGAUCCCACUGGAUCCCAACGCCCUAAAAAUCUCAUGCAAACACUUAUGGAAGAUUAUGAGAGCCAUAAAAGUAAGAGACGUGAUCGAAUGGAUGAUUCUAGUUACACCUGUAAAUUACAGGCUUACAGAGUUACUACUGAGGUCCUUGAGGCAGUCAGAGUAGGUCGCAGGAAGAGUGCGCUGGCAUUACGCUGGGAAGCAGGGAUAUAUGCCAAUCGCGAAGAGGAUGAAUAAGAACUUACAAAAUAAAGAAACCAAAACCAAAUCAUCUAACCACAUAUUUAUUGAAAAACAAUCAGCGUCUGCAAUCCAUAUAGAGAUAAUGAAGACCGCAUUUAUGAGAAAGACUAAAAAUAAAAUGGUUGAACUGAUGGGCACUGGCAGUAAUGUAAGGCUUGGACUCUCAGGAAAUGGAUAUGGAUCACUGACAGUAGGAAAGUAAGCUGACCCUACACAUUUGGGUUCAGCAAGGAUGAUGCUCCAAGCCAAACAUACCUUGCAAUUGCUUUUUUUUUUUUAUUUAAUUUUUUUUAAAUGCAGCUUCGAAUUGCUUUUUGAAAUCAUAUACCCUCCUCUCACCACAGCAUGUUGGGAGCACCACUACCCCAAUGAAGGAUCGCCUCUUCUGUGGGUCUGCUCUGCAAAAUCAUAUACAUACAGGGUACAACAAACAAUUUCUGCUCAGUCACCAUAUUUUAUUUAUCGGUGGCUUUCUGCAGUUCAUGUUAUGGGAAGUCACUUGGCUAAAUGGAACAAAAUUAACCUUAAACCAUACAUAUGUAUGUUUAUAUACAUUUUAGCAGAAAUGCUACAUAAUCAAGUUACUCCAUGAUGACGGGUUUUGUUUGGUCAUAUAAUGCUAAGCUAUCCUACAGAUAUAUGGGUUGAAAACAGUUCAUUUUUAAAGCACAACAUUAUCACAAACUGUGUGUGUGUUCACAUUUGUGGCUCUCAGGGAGGAAAGGGUUAUAAUUUUAUAUUUUUUAUUUAAACAAGUAUAGCUUUAAGAAAAGACACACUUCAUGUAUGUAUGUAUAUAUAUAUAUAUAUAUAUAUAUAUAUAUAUAUACACACAUAUAUAUAUAAAUAUAUUUACAUAUACAGUAUUUUGUUACACAGUGAUGAGACCAGUGUGUCUGCCCUUACACAUGCAAGCAAAGUUGCCCGUUUUCAUUGGACAGUUACCGAUCCAAUAUGAAGACGGCACUAGCACCUUUUUAGAGAAGCUUUUCACUAAAUCACAGCAAAGUAUUGUUAAUUUAAGUAACAAAUUCAUUAGUAUUAUAUAAAUAUUAGUAUUUAUCCAAACAUUUUGUAAAGAAUUGCCACUGAGACCGAUGAUAUUGAGGAUGUGAUUUGUGAUAGAUGUGCUUUAUUGAAAUACCACAGAAUGGUUUCAAGCACAUUUCAUGAGCUACAAUAUUCAUUUCAUGUAUCUGUGAAUAAAACCAAACAAACAGCUCCUUGAGGAUGAGUUUUUCUGAUAUCAGUGCAAUCAUAUAUAGUGUUAAUACAUGAGCCAUGGUAGACAUGGUUGCUAUCUCUCUGCAACCAGGGAUUUGUGCCACAUUUUGCAUCACUUUUUGGCUUAAAUCUUGAUAUAUUUAACAGACUUUCUUUGGCCAUGCCCCUUCCAUUAAACUAUGAAUUCUUUAUGAGCCACUUUUUAAAAGUGGCAAAUGGGGACACAAAUUAAGUAUGAUGUGCACCAUUAUUUUCAGCUUUAUUAUUACACAAAAUAACUGGCACCCCAAUGUUCACUAUUGAAAAACAUUUCAUAUUGGUCCACUAUUUACAGGUUUUUAGUAUUCAAUGUGACCCUCUAGUGCCACCUUUUGGAAAUAGCUUCUCCUUAAGCCAGUGCUUGACCCUUUAAAGAGCCUUGAAACAUGACUGGGAUUAUCAGCCAACCCAGAAUUUCCUCCAAAUGAAAGAGGGCCUGUAUAUAGACCGCAUUACUGAACAGAGUGUUGGCUAGAUGGUGAGAGGUCUUUGAUACGAGUCUGAGGGGUAAUGUGUUUUCUCAGGGAAAGCACCAAGCUUAUAUAGGGAGAUUUAUAGGCCAGGAAAGGCUUCCUGGGAAAAAAGUAUGCAAAGCACCUCUCCUCCAGAAAGUAAAAAGCUUAUCUCCAACAGGUGGCAUUAGAAAUAAAAUUUCUCCUGCUGGAUAAGGGCUACCAUACUUUUUCUCAGGUAGAAUAAGCCUAAAAAGAUUGGUGGUCUCCCGAAGGGAACAGCUUCUUUCACACUAUACAUUCAUCCGUUUUAAAGAUCCGUUAUAAUGUUCCGUUAUGAAACCCCUGAAAAUCGGCCAUUACAAAAUCUUAUUUGGCCAUUACAAAAUCCCAUUUUUUUACAUUAGCCGUUUUAACCCCUUAUAGCCUGUUAUUAAUA